GACCGUGCCAGAGAAGAAGUCAAUACUGUGAUGCAUGAAAGUGGAGGGAAACUUACUAUACAAUCGCUGCAAAAGUUGUCAUAUUUAGAAAGAUGUAUAAAAGAAACGUUGCGUUUGUAUCCUGUCGCCCAUUUUAUAUCACGGGUUACUUCCGAAGAUGUAAAAUUACAAACAUAUUUAGUACCAGCUGGGACGUUUGUGUAUAUUAGUAUCCACGGAGCCCAUAGAGAUCCGAAUUAUUGGUCAAAUCCGGAGGUAUUUGAUCCAGACAGAUUUUUACCUGAGAAAACUCAAAAUCGGCAUCCGUAUUCAUAUCUGCCAUUCGGAGCUGGACCACGGAACUGCAUUGGACAACGAUUUGCUCGAUUGGAAAUGAAAUGUAUGAUAGCUUCUCUGAUAUACAAUUUUUACUUAGAGCCAAUGGAGUAUUUAAAGGACAUUCAGCUUAAUACUGAUAUCUUGAUUCGCUCCGCUUAUCCUCUGCGUUUAAAAUUUGUACCAAUUGUUAAAAAACACACAAAUUUUAACACAUAG